AUGGCGGCUGCGGCAGCGGCUCCCCCAUCCCCUCCUCCCCCUGCCGUCCCGCCGUCGGAGGGCCCGUCCUGCCCCGGUUCAUGGCCCAACUUCGCCGUCGUCUGCUCCUUCCUGGAGAGAUACGGCGCCCUCCUCGACCUGCCCGAGCUGCCCUUCCCGGAGCUGGAGCGAGUCUUGCAGCCGCCGCAGGAGCCCAGCGACCAGGUUCCAAGAGAACUGGUAGAACUUCAUCUGAAACUGAUGAGAAAGAUUGGGAAGUCUGUCACAGCAGACCGAUGGGAAAAAUACUUGAUCAAGAUGUGUCAAGAAUUCAAUAGCACCUGGGCAUGGGAAAUGGAGAAAAAAGGAUACCUUGAAAUGAGCAUUGAAUGCAAGUUGGGAAUACUGAAGUACCUUUGUGAGUGCCAGUUUGAUGACAAUCUAAAAUUUAAGAACAUCAUUAAUGAGGAAGAUGCAGAUGCUAUGCGCCUUCAGCCAAUUGGCAGAGACAAAGAUGGCCUGACAUACUGGUACCAGCUGGACCAAGAGCAUAAUGUUAGGAUAUAUGUGGAAGAGCAGGAUGAUCAGGAUGGGACCUCAUGGAAGUGCAUUGUCAGAAGCCGAAACGAGCUGGCUGAAACUCUUGAACUCCUGAAAGCACAAAUCGAUCCUGCACUAUUGAAAAAACAGCAACAGGAUAACUCCUCACAAGAAAGUCCUAGUACUGAAGACGAAGAGGCCAAAAAGAGGGAAGAAACGGCAGCCCAAGAAAGUGAAUUAAAGGUGAAGGAAGAGAAGGAGGGGAUAAAAGAGGAGCAGCCUAAGCAGUUGGAAAACCUUCCACUUCCCUCAAUUCCAGAAGAGGAAAACAAGAUAAAAGUAGAAAGAGUAGAGGAGAGAGAAAUCAUAAAGCUACCCGUUAUUGUAAAGCUAGAGAAGCCUUUGGAAAACAAUGGGGAAACACAUACCAAAGAAGAAAAUGACUCUUUUAAAGAAAAUGUUAAGCCUGUUAAACCAGAAGUGAAGGAGAAUAAGCUAGAGCCAAAAGACUUGAAAGAUGUAAAUAGCAACACGGAGAAAACUGUUCAUGAACCUGAGAGGAUAGAGUUCUGUGUUAGUGUCAAAACUCCCCAGGAAGCUGUGGAGAGAACGGCAGAAGAAAGUGAAAAAAUUAAAAAUGACCAGCAGGCAAAGAUUCCACUGAAAAAACGAGAGAUUAAGUUGACCGACGAUUAUGACAGUCCAUUAAAAGGACCCUUGCGGAAAUGUAUUACACCAACGAAGGAUGUUUUGAAGGAGGAAGGGAAACCAGAGGAGGAGAUGUUUAAGAGAGUUCCUACAAUUACUGAUGGGAAAUUCCUGGUAAACGGGGAGGUUAGUAGUGAGAAAAUCUUGCCAAAUAACAAGUUAGAACAUUCCCCCAGCACAAAGGAAGACACCCCCAGCUUGCCUAAGGAGAAAAAUGGCAGGAGCGGGGAGAAAAUACUGGAGACCGUCAGCACGAUAGUAAGAACAAGUGAUGUUGAGAGGAAUAUUUUGCAAACAGGGAAAGAGGUAGCUGGUGUGAUCACUGAGGUUUCUCAUCAGAAAGUGCCUUUAAAGGAGGAAACCGGUCCUAAAGGAAAGGAAAACCUGCAUGAGAGUAAAAGUUCAGAGGCUAUUGUAGAGGCACCUUCGAAAACAGGUGUUUGCCUGAAGAAACCAGAAGAAUCGGUUAAAGCAAAAGACAGCCUACCAUCUCCCAAGGAGUGUCUGGAGAAAUCCUUUAAGUCACCUUCUCCAAAGGAGCUGGUUACUCCAUCAGAUGAAGUGGGUUUGAAAAAUAAAAGUCAGCCAGAGGAGAAAUCGGAUUUACCAAGAGCAGAUGCUACUCUGUCCCCUGCUCCCGCCCUUCCCGCUGAGAAAUCUGUGCCUGGAAAAGAGGAUGCUGACCCUAAAAGUCCACUCCCAGAUAAAAACACAGUGCACAAGGAGCAGAAUUCUAAACCACAGAAGGACUCUGAAGCUGAAGAGAGAGAAGCCCCCAAAUUAGGCAAUGCCCAAAGUUCUGUCGAAGAACCUUCAGAGACUAAAAAAGAGUCUGUGAAAAGCAAGUGUAAAUAUAAGCUGAUCUCUGAAGAAGAAAGUUCUCUAACUGAGAACAGGGAAAUAACCUCUGAGAGGCAGAAAGAAGGAAUCAAGCUCACAAUCAGAAUCUCAAGUAGGAAGAAAACCGAUCCUCCUCCAAAGACUCAGAAUGCAGCGGAUGAAAAGGAGGAGGAGGUGGUCAGCGUUGGCCGUAUUCUAAGGCGGUCUCCCAGGAUAUCUAAACCUACGCCCAAGUUAGUGGAGACCCGGGAUCAGAAGCCUGAGAAAAAGCGGAACGAGGACGAGGAAGAGAAACCAGUCCCAGUGCAAAAGCAGGACAAGAAAGAGGACUCAAAAAAGCAAGAGAAGGAGAUGAAUUCAAAGGCCAGCAAGGCUUCACAGCGAAGUAAAGUGCGAUGGGCUGGGACUCGAACUCGUGGCAGGUGGAGAUACUCGAGCAAUGAUGAGAGUGAGGGGUCGGAGAGCGAAGAAGACUCUGAGGAGGAGGAGCAGGAGGAGGAGGAAGAACAUACACCUGCUGAUGAUGACGAGCCGUGCAAGAAGUGUGGCCUCCCCAAUCACCCAGAGCUAAUUCUCUUGUGUGACUCCUGUGACAGCGGCUACCACACGGCAUGUCUUCGACCCCCACUGAUGAUCAUUCCUGAUGGAGAGUGGUUCUGCCCGCCUUGCCAACACAAAUUACUCUGUGAGAAGUUAGAAGAGCAGCUGCAGGACCUGGAUGUUGUCUUGAAAAAGAAAGAACGUGCAGAGCGAAGGAAAGAACGCCUCGUGUAUGUGGGUAUUAGCAUCGAGAAUAUCAUUCCUCCGCGAGAGCCUGAAAUACCUGAAAGUGUGGACGAAAAGAAGAAAGAUUCCAAAAAAUCAAAGGCAAAGCUGCUUGAGAGGAGGUCGACUAGGCAAAGGAAGUGCAUCAGCUACAGGUUUGAUGAAUUCGAUGAAGCCAUUGAUGAAGCAAUAGAGGAUGACAUCAAGGAGGCAGAUGGAGGAGGCGGUGGAAGAGGGAAAGAUAUGGCUAACAUCACGGGGCAUCGGGGCAAGGAUAUUUCCACCAUCCUGGAGGAAGAAAGGAAAGAAAGCAAGAGGCCUCCGAGGGCGGUGGCCGUUCGCCGCAAGAAACGGCGGCGACUGAAUGACCUGGACAGUGACAGUAACUUGGAUGAAGAAGAGAGCGAGGAUGAGUUCAGGAUCAGUGACGGAUCCCAGGAUGAGUUUGUUGUAUCGGAAGAAAACCUGGAUGACAGCGAAGAGGAUCAGCCAUCGAACGACAGCGACACAGAGUUUUCCAGGCGCAGGCCCAGGCGGCAUCAUUCUCGGCCAAUGAGGCAGAGCCGACGGCUACGGAGAAAAACAGCCAAGAAAAGAUACUCUGAAGAUGACGAAGAGGAGGACUCUGAGGAUAAUGUAAGCGGCGACUCCGAAAGUGACGCUUCUUCCGAGUACAGCGACGAAGAUUACCUGGAAACCAGGCGGAGAAGAUCUCGGCGGAAUCAGAAGAGACAAGUCAACUAUAAGGAGGAGUCUGAAAGCGAGGGCUCUCAGAAAAGCUUCCGAUACGGGAAAGAGCUGAGAAGAGUUCAUAAGCGCAGGCUGUCCAGUUCAGACAGUGAAGAGAGCUAUGUGUCUAAGAACUCUGAAGACGACAGUGCAGCCAAGGUGUCAAAGAGGUCAGUUCGGAAACGCAGCCACAGCACGGACGAGUACUCGGAAGAGGAGGAGGAGGAGGAAGAGCGGCCCAUCCGAAAGCGUCUGAAUCGGAUCGAAACAGACGACGAAGACAAUUGCAGCACCCCCAACGACGACGCCAGCAAGCCCUCGCCCGCCAGCAAGCCCUCGCCCGCCAGCAAGCCCUCGCCCGCCAGCAAGUCCUCGACCCCCCACGUCCCGCAAGACGUCCCCAAGAAGCCCUGCUACCGGAUAGAAAGCGACGACGAAGAUGACUUUGAUAACGUUGGGAAGGUAGAGAGCCCGUUGGACUACAGCCUGGUGGAUUUGCCAUCUACCAAUGGGCAGAGCCCUGGGAAAACUAUCGAGAACUUGAUUGGCAAGCCCAGCGAGAAGACUCCCGCCCCCAAGGACAGCACAGCCAAUGCCAGCUUGGCGCCCAAUGGGACAAGUGGUGGUCAGGAGGCAGGAGGGCCAGAGGAAGAUGAGGAUGAACUCUUGCGAGUGACUGACCUUGUUGACUACGUCUGUAACAGUGAACAGUUAUAAGACUUCCAUUUUUGUGCUAAUUUAUUCCACGGUAGCUCAUACCAGCGGGCCAGUUAUUAAAAGGUGUUUUAUUUUUCCUAGAAAACUCUCCACUACAGUAUCACUUUUUAGCAGUCAGAAUUUCACCAGUCCUGCAGUUUUGAAUCAUUUUCUCUCUCUCUCUCUCUCUCUCUCUCUUUCUUCCCCACUCCCCGCUCCAUGAAGUGACCAGUUUUUUUGGGAACUCUUUUUUGAAAAUAAUUACUGUAAAUCCCCUGUUCUGAUUCCCCCGCCCUCCAGCGCUUCAUCCAGUUCCACUGCCUGAAUAACUUCAUCUACAUGCAGACCUUGUAGUAAAUGAGAGAUUUGUAUAUUUUUGACUUUAUAUUUCCUGAGUACACACAGAUUUGUGGGGGUGGGGGGUUGAAAGAAAGCAUUCCAAGUUGGU